AUGUACAAUUGUACCACUAUGCAGGAUUCUAAUAUAUGCACACAUUGCGAACUUGAAGAAAAUCCAAAUGCAUUGCUCUGGGUGAAAUGUGAUAGUUGUCCGCAGUGGGUACAUGUGAAAUGUGUGCCUUUGAAGCGCAUCCACUAUUCAGAUAUUCCAAGUACCCCAGUUUCCUCUUAUCCGAAUUCAUCGAAGGAGAUCAAGAGCUACCGCUGUGUCAACCAUUAUGAAGAGGAGUUUCUUGCUAUAUUUCCUCGCGGCCUUCCAAAUGGAAAGCGACAAAGAGAUCGUGGGGAAAAUGAAGAUAGCAAUCAUAUCAGCAAGCGAUAUAAUUUUAGGAAGAAAAAGGAUAUUGACUACAUUGCUCUGAAUGAGGGCGAAGCAAAAAGAGAGAAAAUGAUCCAUCCUCAUAAAGACACCUUUUUAAGAUGUUUUGAAAAGUGGGAAAAUAAGUCGAAUAUUAUCAAUGCCGCCAAAUUUGCUGCUACAUUCAAUGAUAUAAGGGAGCCAUACAAAAUAAGCGAUCCUUGGAGUAGCGGUGUGCAAGUGCCGAAAAUGGAGACAAACAACGGAGUUUUAACCGUUAAUGAUAUUACGGAAAUUAUAGGGGAGGAUUAUCGUGUUGAUGUGAUGGAUGUUCAAACGCAAAUGAAUGAGACCUGGACUCUGGGUUCUUGGAAUAGAUAUUUUACUCAAACUGAACCAGGUAAUAGAGAUCGAAUAAGAAACGUUAUAUCAUUGGAGGUCUCCAACGUCAAGGCUUUAGAACUUGAGAGGCCCACAUCAGUGAAACAGAAUGAUCUUGUCGAUCAAAUUUGGAAUUGGAACGAGGAUCUCGGGAAAGUCAAUGAUGAAGAAGCAGAAGAGGAUAAUCCAAGACCAAAAGUAACCAAGUAUAUCUUAAUGUCCGUAAAGGACGCCUACACGGACUUUCAUUUGGAUUUCGCCGGCACAUCAGUUUAUUAUAACGUCAUCUCUGGACAGAAGAAGUUUUUGCUAUUUCCUCCUACUCAAUCAAAUGUAGAUAAGUAUGUCGAAUGGUCUUUGAAGGAAUACCAAAACAGCUUUUUUCUAGGCAAUGUUCUUGAGGAUGGUUUUGCAAUGGAAUUGAAUGCUGGUGAUUUGUUUAUGAUCCCGUCCGGAUACAUUCAUGCAGUUUAUACACCAGCAGAUUCUCUGGUAUUUGGGGGUAAUUUCCUAGCAAUGCGUGAUCUAGAGACUCAUUUUAGAAUUGUGGAAAUUGAAAAAUUGACAAAGGUUCCCAAAAGAUUUACCUUUCCCAAAUUUGAUCAAGUUAUAGGUAAAUUAUGUGAGUAUAUUGUGCUUUCUAAAAAUAAGAAGACUGUUGGUGGGAGAGAUACGGAUUUGAUAGCCGAGGUCAGUAACUCCACAAUUGAGUUACUAUAUGGAUACCUUAUAAAACCUGGAGUGAAGUAUAAACCUUUGAGUUUUGCUUCCAGGAAUUAUUUAGUGAAAGCUUUAGCCGAUCUUGUCACGUAG